AUGUCAGCGCUGAUGAUUGGGGCGGGGGUGGCAGGCGUUGGGCCCGCGUUACUGGCUGGGGCGGUGGUAACCGCAAUGUUGGGGGCGGUUCGGUUUGGUCUCGCGGUCCGAUUUCUGGGGGUUGGGGUUGCAGAUGCGGCUCGGCCCAGGUUUGGGAUUUGCCCCACACCUUCGGAUCUGCCUCCUCAGCCUCCUCGCGAAGUUCCUCCUCGCCGCCUCUCGCGCUCUGACGUAUCAGCCUCUCCGCGUUUCUCGCGAAGCCGCUGGCUCCUGUGCGGCGUCUGUUCGUGCCCCGCGCACCGCCGCCUCCCCGUCCCCGCUCGCUACCCCUUCGUCCGCGGCGACUGCCGCGUCCGACGCAGAUUCCGCGCGUUGCUCUUGCUACUGCGACUCCCUCGCCCCCCGCCAGCGGCGCCGCGGUCGUCUCGCCUUCCCUUCGUCGGCGCGCUGGCAUCUGCUGCGCUACGGUCGGGAGUGAUGGACCCGUCCGCAAGACGGGAUCCGGAGCUUGAGCAUUCCGCGGAGAGCGCGCCGCGGGAGCCUGCGCCUGCCGAGCCUCGGCCACGACUGCCUGCGCAUCCCUCCGCAAGCGAGCCCGUUCACCGAUUCGAGCGGGUGCAGACUCUUCCCCAUCAGCCAGCCUCGCGCCUCUCCCCCCCUGAGUAUUCGUGGGCUCCUGCGCGUGUAGCGUCGAACCGUCCUGACGGUCAGCAGCCGCAGCAGCGCGGGCGCUCGCCUCAGCGUCAUCCCCAACGGCAGCCGUCUCCUCGUCGCCUAUCUCCCGCGCGUCGCGAACACUAUCAGCGCAGGGAGGGGGAUCCGCGCUCCCCUGAGCGUCCUUGCUCUCCUCGGCGCCCGUCUCCUCGUGGUCGAGCAGGCCAGCGCUCACCCCGAGCGCGAUCCCCCGCUCAACAAUCACCUCGGCGAGCUCCGGCGACGCGGGGGAAGGGGUCGCCUGGGCGUCGCUGGGAAUCAGGUCGUCGCGGGCCGUCCCCUCCGCGUCCGAAUUCGGGUGGUUCCGCUGGGCGGCGGGGCCGGCGGAAUGGCGGAGGGCGCGGCUCAUCUGGCCGCCAGCCGGAUCCUGCUCUUGAUCACGCUGCGAACACAUUCGUGGAUGUGGUGCGGCAGGCCCGGGCGAGCGGGGGGCCGACUCACGUUCACAUCGAGGUGACAAAUGGCCCUCCCUUUGCCGCGGAUCCCGGCCCGGUGGCCCCACUGCGCGCGCCGAUGUUGGCCGAGUAUCUGCCCGCGCGGGUGGGGAGACCCGACUAUCGCUCCCCUCGUCAGGUUCCUGGCUUCUCCGCUGGGUGCUUGACUGUUGGCCGCGUUCCUGGCUGGUCGGCGUCGUUUCCGCUCGAAGAGCAGACUGCACCUCACCCCAAUCCCGUGGGGAGAGACCCCAUGCUGACCAUGUGCCGGAUAUUGAAUCUGGCGGAGGCGUGCGAGGUGGUGGCGAACUUGCAGCUGGCAGUGUGUGGGGCCACCCGGAACUUUCCGAGCAGUUUCGGUCCAGGAUCCCGAGGAUCCUGCGUGACUUUGGCAGGAUCGCUCGAGUCGCCGUUGGCGCCCGUGUCGGAAGCGCCCGCCGGGGUAGCUCCCUUAGCCCGUACUUUCCCCCGCCACGUGGGGGAUCUUGUAGGGGCUGCUCAGGCCGGGACCCCCCUGGACGUGCUCCAGUCAUCGGCGCAUCUUCUUCUUGCGGUAUCGGCGUGUAUGCGCUCGAUGCUUGAGAUGGAGGGGGCGGAGCCGUACACGAUGUAG